UCCUGAAGCGCCGGCGCGCCAGAGCCGCCUCCUGCCAUGGGCAGCGCCGAGAGCCGCGAGGGCCGCAGGGCGUCCUUCGGGAUGGACGAGGAGGAGCGGGUCCGGGUGCUGCAGGGCAUCCGGCUGUCAGAAAGCGUGGUUCACCGCAUGAAGGAUUCCAGUCAGCCUUCCGGAGCAGGGCCGCCACCUCCUGCACUUGGCGCCGCCAGAGGCCCGGAGACAGACUCUGACCUGCCCCGGCCGGAGCAGGGUGGCAGGCAGCACUCGGGGGCGGAGCUGGAGCCCCUCACAAGGUCUCAGCAGGAGCCGGCUGCAGUCCAGGACAAGCUGCUGCAGGUGGCCACGAGGGAGAAAGGGGCGGCCGCGAAGCCCUGCAGUGCGUCCCUGCCGCAGGCGGAGGGCUUCGAGGACCAGGAGAAGCAGGCAGCUGGGCUGGCCAAGGAGCUGGAGAGCCGGGAGGCAGAGCUGAGACGCCGCGACGCCUUCUACAAGGAGCAGCUGGGGCGCCUGGAGAAGCAGAACGUCGAGACAUACAGGCUGUCUUCACAGCAGUUCCACGAGGCAGCUUCGAAAAUGGAAGGCGCCAUCAAGCCCCGCAGGCUGGAGCCCGUGUGCUCGGGGCUGCAGGCCCAGAUUCUCCACUGCUACCGAGACCACCUGCAGGAGGUGCUCCUGUGCGCAGACCUAGUCAAAGCCUACCAGCACUGCGUGAGCACCGCCCACAAGGGCUGACAAGCAGCCUCACUCCUGGCCUGGCAGUGACUUGGAGCCCUGAUGAGGGGACCCAUGUGGGACCACAGCCCACAGACCCCUGGGCCACAUCCUGUCCUGCUGGGCGCCUCUGCUGCCCCUGUGCUUGAGAAACUGUGUGUGCACCUGUCCACGGACAAAUAAAGCAUUUGUCUUUGUUUUCUCUCA